UUGCCUUUCCGUUCCUCGAGUGCGAGCGUCUCGGGAAAGUGCGGGAAAAAAAAAGGAUAUUCGCGAGACCCCUGCGCGAGGGCGCGCCUAGAAGAAGAAGGAUGAGCGGUAGAAAAAGUGGAGAAGGACCCGGAGGAUUCCAAGGAUAGGAGUCCAGCGUGUCGUGAGGAGGCGUCGAGAAGGAAGGAUUCGAUCCCGGGGACCAAAAUGGCCGAUUGGGCCAAGUUCAACGGCGCGGAAGGACGGCCGAUCUCGGAGAAGGCUUGCUCGGAGUCGGGGAAGUGGACCGACUUGGCGAGGUCCGGGAUUAGCUCCGACUCCAGGGCAAAAAAGGACGAGGGGAUGGACGGAUUCUGGUAUCCGGAGGACACGGGAGCGAGGAAGAGGUCUCGCGCGUCCCGCCUCGAAGAGGACCCCGAGGACGACUCGGAGAGGCAGGGAGAGUACCGGGCGAAGGUUGCGACAGGCAUUUCGAUAGCGGAAGAGGAGACGACGAGUCCAGGCUCGAGCCAUAGGAUCGAGGUUCCCGAGGAGGAGAUGAUCCUCGAGGUCGGGCAGGACUUCGAGAUGUCCGGCUCCCAGAUCCGGAGGGACGCCAGGCAGGAGCUGAAGGACUCCACGCAGGGGUCCCCGAGGAGACCCGCCAGCCUCUGCAGGGAGGACUCGCUGACUAGGCCGAAAAAGCUGAGGAGCGUCCUGCUGGAGGGGAACGGGCUGUACGACUCCUCGAGGAUGAGGCCCAUCAGCGAGAAGAGCACCGAGCAGCUGGUGAACGGCGGCAAGUCGCCCAGGGAGGACAAGCAGGUCCUGCACGUCCAGUUCAACAAGGACUCGAGGAAGAGGCAGCAGCCCUCCGAAGCGAAGCCCCAUCCGAGUCCCUCGGCGUCCAUAACGACCUCUUCGUCCAGCAGCUCCGAGGACAACUCCAGCUUGGGCCAGUUUGCGGAGGCCAGACCUCCGGAUGGAGGAUGGGGCUGGGUGGUCGUGGCAGCCUCUUUCAUGGUGAAUCUCAUCGCCGACGGAAUCACCUUCUCCUUCGGCGUGAUCUACGUGGAGUUCCUUAACUACUUCGGCGAAGGCAAGUCCAAGACCGCCUGGAUAGGCAGCCUCUUCAUGGCCAUGCCGCUGUUGUCGGGCCCUGUGGCCAGCUUCCUGACGGACAGGUACGGCUGCAGGAGGGUCUCCAUAGCCGGCAGCAUCCUCGCCACCACGGGGUUCCUCGUCAGCUCCUUCACCAACUCCAUGGAGCUGCUGAUAUUCACCUUCGGGGUGAUCGCGGGCUUCGGCCUCUCCCUCUGCUUCGUCGCGGCCAUUGUUAUAGUAGCGUAUUAUUUCGAGAAGAAGCGGUCCUUCGCCACAGGACUCUCUGUCUGCGGCAGCGGAAUAGGAACUUUUAUUUUCGCCCCCGUUACGCAGUACCUCCUGGCGGAGUAUGGCUGGCGAGGGACUACCUUGAUCCUGUCGGGUCUCUUCUUGAACCUUGCUGUCUGCGGCUGCUUGAUGAGGGAUCUGGAGUGGACCACCACCAGGGCCAAGGCCAAGACCGAGGAGCGCAGGAAGAACAGGGAGAAGAAGAGGUCCAGGAUGCAGAGCUCGAGUGCCGAUUCCUUUUCCGGAAGCAGCUCUGCCAACACCACCACGCAGACUCCUCGAGGGGAUCCUAAAAGGACCUUCGCCUCGGCCAACGCGGUCAUCAUCGAAGGACUCCGCUCGCAGGACGAGGAGCAAGACGGGGAGAAGCUCUUCUCCAGCCUGGUCAGCUUGCCUACGUUCGUGAAAAAUGGAGAGAAGGUCCCCCUCGAGGUCCUGGAGCUCCUGAGUACCAGGAAGAACGUCUACAACGUCCUGCUGCAGAACUAUCCCAGUCUGCUGAUCUCGUCCAGGAGCUUCAGCGACUCUGGCGCGCUCCACGAUCAGCUUAGUAUUCCCUCGGCCAGGUUCGAGCAAUCGCCGAGUCCUCGGGCGGAGUCCGCGAGUGGGCAGGAUGAUUCCAAGGAGCGGAAGGAGCGGAAGAAGCAGGAGCAGAACGAGCAGGUCGAGCAGAACGAGCGGAACUCUCAGCCGCAGGACUCAGCGUCCAGGCAACACACCGACGCGGCAUACCUUUGGUGGCUGAAGAAGAUCCAGCCGGAGUGCCCGUUGAGAAGGUCCAGCACGGUCGUGGAGCAUCCUCGCAGGCUCCCCACCGCCUAUCUGAAGGACAUCCGAGUCCACCGGCACAGCCUCACCUACAGAGGCGCCAUGCUCAACAUCAACAGGUACCGGCUGAGGGCUUCCAGCUGCCCGGACAUCUACAGGAAUUCCAUGACUACCAUCGCCAAGACCAAGAUGGUCUGGUACGCCGGGCUGUGGGAGUUCUGGGACCUCCUCGUCGACAUGCUCGACUUCUCCCACUUCGCCGACUCCAGAUUCAUCCUCUUCUCCAUCAGCAACUUCCUGCUGUACACCUGGUACGAUGUGCCUUACGUCUACCUGACGGACAACGCCAUCGAAUCGGGGUUCAGCGAGACGGACGCCUCCUUCCUCAUCUCCGUCAUCGGGAUCACCAACAUGGGCGGCGAGGUGAUUCUAGGAUGGGCCGGCGACAGAGCGUGGGUGAACGCCUCCCUCGUGUACGCGGUUUGCAUGGCAUUCUGCGGCGCGGUUACGGCGGUGAUGCCCAUGAUGGUGACCAACUACUACGUCCUCUGUGCCAUUUCCGGUGCCUUCGGCCUCUUCAUUGCGGCGAACUACAGCCUGACCAGCAUCAUCCUGGUCGAGCUGAUCACCCUGGAGAGAUUCACAAAUGCCUACGGAUUGCUUCUGCUGGUCCAGGGACUCGCCAACCUCAUGGGACCACCUCUGGCUGGGUGGCUUUACGAUAUCACGGGGACCUACAACCUCUCGUUUUAUCUGGCGGGUUUCUUCAUCGCCCUCAGCGGCGCUCUGCUGAUGGUGACGCCCUUGAUGGAGUGUUACAAGAAAUGGCGAUCCGGCGGGGACGCUGCGCUGCCCGAAAAGAACUUUUCGGCGAUGAAUAACGUCUGAACGCCACGACGCGGCGGGAUUCAACGAAGAAUGGGGAGAAUUAAGGAUUUUAUAAGGUCGCGCACCAUGAAGGAAUUUCAAGGGAGCGUUUACCUCCUGACAGGAAUUGCAGAUGCCUAGCUCCUCUUUUUCACGGUGGAAUUUCAUUUUCUGCCGAUGAUCGGGCCCCUGGCUUUUCGUUCUAGCUUGACACCGAAGGACGGAGUAGAGAACGUCCUUCAGCUUGAAGCUUGAAACGGUCCGCAAGAGAGAUCUGCAAGGCAUAUCGUAGGAGCAAUUUUGAGUUCCCCGGGGACUCCUUAUAUCGGGCUGCCGAGAUCUUUCUCGGCGUCCAUUUUGUAAAAAAAAAGCCUCUUCCUCGCCGCUAGACCUUUUUACUUCGUCGGGUCGACGCGGCGACUCUGUAUAUAACUCUGUACCGUACAAUCGUAUCGUAGGCUUUUAAGGGAACCACGAACCCACGCGCGGUGGCCAUCUUGGAAGCCGCCGGCCGCGUGUCUCCACGCUAAGGGAUUUGAGAGAGGGACAGAACUUUAGUAUUAAUUACUUAGUCGUUAGGGAUUUAUAGUUUAGAGACAUGUACAAACUAGGAGGACAAGCUUCCGGUGGUCGCGGGCGUUUCGCUCGACGUCAAUGGAAACCUGAAGACGCUUAAGGCGGCCAUCUUGGCCGCCGCGAGGCGCUCGACCAACCGGAGCCGAAGAGUUUCCGAAUCUCAGGAGAUUAGCCGCUAUCAAUUGUGAUCGCCGAUUGUGUUAACGAAUGCCAGAAUUCCUAGUGCCGUCGAUCUCGGCAUGAAGUAGGUCUUAAUCCCCGACCGAGACGGAACUUCAUUUUUUCCUCGUUCGGAAAUUCCCUUGCCUCUUAAACGACCCAGCGCGUCGCUCGCCUCUCGUUUCGAAAGACGCGUCACUUUUUGCCCGACGCUUUUAAGGGCGCCGAUUUCUCUUAGGACCUUCCGUUAGUGUUACGGCUCUUCCGUGAUGUCGGACAUUGUGCGCUCUUCUCUAUAGGAAGAUGCUUUUUUAUCGGCUUCUCCUUCAUCGUAUAGAAGGAAGCGACCUCUACAUCGAGAAACGAUGUAUACGAGUCCGCCAUGUUUUUCCACGGCGUCGCUCGAAGAACUCGGACGCCGAUUGUGAUUAUUUAAUCUCUAGGCUUCUAUUUCCUAGCAAAAUAUCCCCGAAUAUCUUUAGUAGUGCUCUGGACAAGUGUUUUUCGAAACGUCGCUAGACAUAGAGGUAGGGCGGCCGUCGAAAGGACGAUUUUUCCAGAACUAUGGUCGACUUUAUCGCGCUUGGCACUUUCAAGCCUGUCUUUGGAAUUGAUUUUUUCUGCGGUUGUUUUUUCUUUUCCUGUCAUCUAGCAUGUGGAUUAAUUGUCGCGGAAUUGUUCGGGAAUUUCUUGCAAUUUCGCUCGCUAGGAUUCCGUGGCUAUUUCGGGGCCCAAUUCGAGGUGGAAAAACGCGACGCGCACUCGCGGCCUUAACGGCGCUCAAUCGAGAGGUGUAAAGCAAUAUUUUAUUACGGUAAUUAAAGAGACCAUGGCGCACUUCGGCCGCAGUCGUUACGAAAUUAAGUUUCUCGACUCCCCUUGGCCAAAGGGCCGUGUUCCUUAGUAUUAAGUCGCGACGAAGGUUUAGACGAUGUUACCUACUCUGUACAUAUUGAAAUAUCCGAAAGGGAUUGCUUUGAAAUAUUUACGGAUUGUCGCGCAAUCUCCGCGACUUCGAGUCUCGUUGUUUAAGGACGAAGAUGGAUUUUCGACUUUUCGAAGGAAAAAAACAAAAAAAUGUAUAUCCUAUAUACUCAGAGAACUCUUUUCUACGCCCCUUGAAGUGUCGUUAGGUCUAGUGAUCGACGAUAGUCUUUAUUCUCUCAGCGUAUUAUUAACGAACACCGGUUUUGAGCUCCGGAGGCGCUGCGAUCGUAUCUCGCGGUCAGGACUCAAAUUUUGAAAGCGACCUCGGCCUUUAACGGCCAAGCGAGCGUUGUAAAUAUUAAUAAGAGCGUAAACAGAGACUUGCAUGCCCGCAGUGCCUGCGAAUUCGCGUAGAGAUUUGUAAAAAAGAAAGGGAAAAGAGGGAGGAGAGUCGGGAGAACGGCUUGUAUCGAGGAAGAGGCGCCCUCCAUUCAAAAUGGAGGGCGCUUGGUCGCCUCGAGAUUUCAUAGUCAAAUUUAGAAUCGGAUUUUUCGACUUCUACACCCAGCCACACCUACACCGACACUCGAACACGGCACGUGUAUGCACACACACGCGAAACAAUCGUAUUUAAAGUAAAAUAAAGACGAUGCUGUAAUUUAAUUCCA